AUGGCUGAUGACAAUCCAUACCGGGAUGAUGAGGCAUUGGAAGAGGAGGAGGAAAUCGAUGAGACUGGCUACAAAGCAGUAAAGGACGCCGUGCUCUUCGCCAUCGAAGUCAGCGAUUCAAUGUUGACUCCGCGUCCAUCAUCUGAUCCUAAGAAGAGAGUGGAAGAAUCACCGACCACCGCGGCUUUGAAAUGCGCAUACCACCUCAUGCAACAACGCAUUAUAUCCAAUCCCCGUGACAUGAUCGGCGUAUUACUGUACGGGACACAGGCGUCCAAAUUCUAUGACGAGGAUGAGAACAGCCGUGGGGAUCUAUCCUAUCCUCACUGCUACCUUUUUACGGAUCUAGAUGUCCCUUCAGCACGAGAGGUGAAAGAACUCCGAGCUCUGGCAGAGGACGAAGGGAAAGCAAGAGAUGUGCUCGUGCCAUCGAAAGAGCGGGUCUCCAUGGCCAAUGUACUUUUCUGUGCGAAUCAGAUAUUCACGUCCAAAGCUCCCAACUUUCUAUCCCGGCGAUUGUUCAUCGUCACAGACAAUGAUAACCCUCACGGGGAUAGUAAGAGUCAGCGAUCAGCUGCCACCGUCCGCGCGAAAGAUCUCUACGAUCUGGGGGUGACCAUUGAGCUGUUUCCGAUCUCUCGGCCUGAGCAUGAGUUCGACAGCUCCAAGUUCUAUGACGAUAUCAUCUACAGAACCUCACCAACUGAUGCAGAGGCUCCUGUGUACUUGAAAGACGAUUCAAAGGCGUCGACUGCCUCCGGAGAUGGGAUUUCGCUGCUGAACGGCCUCCUGUCCAGCAUAAAUUCCCGGUCGGUCCCGCGCCGGGCGCAUUUUUCGAACAUGCCGCUGGAGCUUGGGCCGAACUUCAAGAUCUCCGUGACAGGAUAUCUCUUGUUCAAACGCCAGGCACCUGCACGCAGCUGUUAUGUCUGGCUUGGCGGGGAGAAGCCUCAGAUCGUCAAAGGCGUAACUACCCAGAUCGCAGAUGAUACUGCUCGCACCGUUGAAAAGUCAGAGAUACGGAAAGCAUACAAAUUUGGUAAUGAUCAGGUGUCCUUCACUUCCGAGGAGCAAAAGGCCCUGAGACACUUCGGCGACCCAGUGAUCCGUAUCAUUGGAUUCAAGCCACUCUCCGCUCUCCCUUUCUGGGCCAACGUCAAGCACCCAUUCUUCAUCUACCCUUCUGAGGAGGAUUACGUGGGCUCAACGCGUGUAUUCUCUGCUUUGCACCAGAAGCUCUUGAAGGAUCACAAGAUGGCUCUUGUCUGGUUCAUUCCCCGCAAAAACGCGGCUCCAGUGCUGGGCGCAAUGAUGGCGGGUGAAGAGAAGGUCGACGAAAAUGGCGUCCAGAAAUUUCCUCCUGGAAUGUGGAUUAUACCCCUACCAUACGCGGACGAUGUUCGACAAAAUCCCGAAACAACACUGAAUGUAGCGCCAGAGCCCUUGAUCGACCAAAUGCGGACAAUCGUGCAACAGCUGCAGCUUCCCAAGGCAUCAUACGAACCGCAGAAAUUUCCAAAUCCAUCGCUCCAAUGGCAUUAUCGCAUUCUGCAGGCCCUUGCACUGGAUGAAGACCUUCCUGAAAAGCCCGAAGACAAAACAAUACCGAAAUACCGCCAGAUUGACAAGCGUGCUGGGGAGUACGUCCUGUCGUGGGCAGACGAAUUAGAAAAACAGUACGCGACACCGGCAGCGCAUGGCCCAAAGAGCACCUUGGUGAAACGGAGCGCCAAGGACCGAGCCGCCGAUGGCGACGAAGCUUCCAGUCAUCCGUCAAAACGGAUCAAGUCAGAGAGCGGGCCUGAAGGAGUGGAGGUCGAGGUCCGGCUUCACUAUGAGAAAGGAAGCCUUUCGAAGCUUACUGUAGCGGUUCUCAAGGACUUUCUGACCGCUCAUGGGCGCUCGACAGCGGGAAAGAAAGCGGAUCUCAUUGAGCGAGUCGAGGAGUACAUGGAGUCUAAAUGA